AUGGAUAUACCACCAAAUCCAUCCGAUGUGAACCCCUCUCGCAUUGAUGGAGACGACGACCGAGUGGACAGGGAUUUAUCUGCGACCAGCCUUGGGAAUUCUCACUCCUUGGCCGAAUCUUACAGGAGACCUAGUUUCUUCACAAGAGGUGCACGAGGAACAGUCGUUCCAUACCCUCAAGCCCAGGAGCAUGCGGUCCUGGCGGAUUGGGAACGGGAGCAGAUCUUAGAAGAAGAGCGGGAUUUAUUAGCGGACAGUCAUGUUAUUCACCCGGAACACCGACAUGCGAAAGCGACCAAGGGACGGAGUCAGAUUACUGGUCUACUCUCAAAAAGACUGAAAGAAUCUGAGACAUUUCCCCGGGAGGAAGAUGAAGAAUCUGCACAGCUUCCUGGAUCCUCAUCUGGGCCUGACUCUUCUGCCACCGAGACUACUGCCCUUUUGGCGUCAUCUACGGCGCUUGGCAACCAUGUUAGUGAUAAUGUUAGUGACGAUGAGGUUGGGAGCAAAUGGGAGGAAGCAGUCGAGGCUGGACUGAUCCAUACAACAUGGCGCCGGGAAGCCAAAGUGUUAUCGAAAUACACAGUCCCGUUGAUGAUUACGUUCAUUCUUCAAUACUCUUUGACGGUAGCUAGUAUCUUUACAGUCGGGCAUCUUGGAAAAGUAGAGUUAGGAGCUGUGUCCCUCGCCAUAUGGUUUUUCGCUGAAAGGAUUUUGAUGGUCAUCGUUCCAGAGAAGGACGUUGCAGUUCUUACAGGAUUAUACCUGAAGAUUGUUUUGUUGGGGGCCCCAGGGUAUGCAUGCUUUGAAAGCGGGAAACGUUUUGUUCAAGCGCAAGGCCUUUUUUCUGCGGGGCUCGUUGUCCUGGUAAUAUGCGCCCCGCUCAACGCCUUUUUGAAUUGGCUUUUCGUCUGGAAACUGGGUUUUGGUUUCGUUGGUGCACCUAUGGCUGUUGCUAUAAGCGAUAACCUACUCCACAUUCUUCUCUUCCUGUAUGUUCGUUUCAUCGCAGGAUUGUAA